AUGCAUAUCCUCUCCGAGCCAGAUGUCGCCCACAUCUUCCGCAGCCUCUCCCAAGAACAAUGCCAAACAUUCAUAGAGACCCUAAGCAACGCUCUGGUCUCAAUAACCCGCGAAGCAAACCCCCAAACAGCAGAAUCAGACAAACAAAUCCACCAACCCCUCCGAACAGUCUUCACAACAAAGAAAAACAACACAUGCAUCUUCAUGCCAGUCUCCGACACGCAAACAACAGGCAUAAAGGUAGUAACAGUCAGCGAAACCGGCAUCCAAGGCGUAAUAAACGUCUUCAACCCCGAUGGCCGACUACAAGGCCUCCUCGCCGCAGCAGAAGUAACAGCCUUCCGCACCGCACUGGCAACAAUAACAUUAUUCGUGCGGUGCACGACCAUCCGUAAGGAUAAUGUCGUUGUUUUCGGUUGUGGGCGGCAAGCGGAGUGGCAUGCGCGUCUUGCUUUACUGCUUUAUCCUGAGCAGAUUCGAAGUGUUACGUUUGUGAACCGUGGGAAGGGGCGAUUGGAGGAGUUUGGGGGGGAUGUUGUUGUUGGUCUGGGAAGGUUGUAUCCGGCUGUGAAGUUUGAGAUGCUUGCUAAGGAGGGUCAUGUUGAUUAUGAGGGCAAGCUUGGGGAGGUUCUUGGUGCUGCGGAUGUCAUCUUUAGCUGUACGCCUGCUGUCCAGCCGAAUUUUGGGUGGGAGGUCCUCCAGGCAAAGCCUAAGCAGAGGUUUAUCUCGCUUAUUGGGUCCUAUAAGCCUCAUAUGCGUGAGGUUGAUACGAGGACUUUGCUUUCGGGGGGGAAGGUUUAUGUUGAUUCUAAGGUUGCUUGUUUGGAGGAGGCUGGGGAGUUGAUUGAGGCGAAGGUUGGAGAGGAGCAGCUUGUUGAGAUGGGGGACCUUCUUGGGGCUAAGACUGGAGUUAUGGAAGAUACUGUUGAUGUUCCUGCUGGGUGUAAUGUUGUUUAUAAGUGUGUUGGUAUGGGGUUGAUGGAUCUUGUUGUUGGUAAGCAAGUUCUUCAUGUUGGGGCUGAGAUGGGGCUUGGGACGCAUGUUUCUGGGUUUUAG